CCGACGUCGCCGCCUGCGAAUCACAGGUCCAUUCCACUCCUAACAGUGAUACUUCCAACAUGGCUGACCCGGCCGCUGACGACAGCAAGUACCUCUUUCUGGAAAAUGACUUUCGCAACAGCGGUGUGGCACAAGCCGACUGGGCAGCCAAGAAGAUGGUGUGGGUGCCGUCAGAGAGGGAGGGCUUCGAGCCGGCCAGCAUCAAGGAGGAGAAGGGAAAUGAGGUGCUGCUGGAGCUCUCCAACGGUCAGAAAGUGACGGUGAACAAAGACGACAUCCAGAAGAUGAACCCUCCCAAGUUCAGCAAGGUGGAGGACAUGGCCGCCCUCACCUUCCUCAACGAAGCCUCCGUCCUCCACAACCUGCGAGAGAGAUACUUCUCCAGCCUGAUCUAUACGUACUCUGGUCUGUUCUGUGUGGUGGUGAAUCCCUACAAGAUGCUGCCAAUCUACUCUGAGAAGAUCAUCGAGAUGUACAAGGGCAAGAAACGUCACGAGGUGCCGCCGCACAUCUACUCCAUCACAGACAACGCCUACAGGAACAUGUUGCAAGACCGGGAGGAUCAGUCUAUUCUCUGCACAGGUGAGUCUGGAGCAGGGAAGACUGAAAACACCAAGAAGGUGAUUCAGUACCUGGCUGUCGUCGCCUCCUCACACAAGGGCAAAAAAGACAUCAACCCUGGGGAGCUGGAGAAGCAGCUGCUGCAGGCUAAUCCAAUCCUGGAGGCAUUUGGAAACGCCAAAACCAUCAAGAACGACAACUCGUCACGAUUUGGAAAGUUCAUCAAGCUCAACUUUGAUGUGACUGGUUAUAUUGUUGGAGCAAAUAUUGACACCUACCUCCUGGAGAAGUCUCGCUGUAUUCGUCAGGCCAACACUGAGCGAGCAUUUCACAUCUUCUACUACAUGGUGGCAGGAGCCAAGGACAAGAUGAAGGACGAGCUGCUGCUGGAGGACUUCAGCAACUAUCGUUUCCUGGUGGCCGGUCACGUGGAGAUCCCUGGUCAGGAGGACGAUGAGUUGUUUGAUGAGACUCUGGAGGCCAUGGAGAUCAUGGGCUUCACUGAGGAGGAGAGAUUAGGGAUGUUGAAGGUGGUGUCCACUGUGCUCCAGCUGGGCAACAUCAAGUUUGAGAAGGAGAGGAACAGCGAGCAGGCGACCAUGCCCGAUAACACCGCUGCCCAGAAGGUGUGUCACCUGCAGGGCAUCAAUGUGACCGACUUCACCCGCGCCAUCCUCACCCCCCGAAUCAAAGUGGGCAGGGAGGUGGUGCAGAAGGCUCAGACCAAGCAGCAGGCUGAUUUUGCAGUGGAGGCUCUGGCCAAAGCCAUGUACGAGCGCCUGUUUCGCUGGAUCCUGGCGAGGGUCAACAAGACCCUGGACAAGAGUAAGAGACAGGCGUCCUCCUUCCUCGGCAUCCUGGACAUCGCUGGCUUUGAGAUUUUUGAGGACAACUCCUUCGAGCAGCUCUGCAUCAACUACACCAACGAGCGUCUGCAGCAGCUCUUCAACCACACCAUGUUCAUCCUGGAGCAGGAGGAGUACAAGAGGGAGGGCAUCGAGUGGAACUUCAUCGACUUCGGCCUGGACCUGCAGCCCUGCAUCGAGCUCAUCGAGAGGCCGAACAACCCUCCUGGCAUCCUGGCCCUGCUGGACGAGGAGUGCUGGUUCCCCAAAGCCACCGAUGUUUCGUUCGUGGACAAGCUGCUGAACACCCACACCGGUCACGUUAAAUUCUCCAAACCCAAACAGCACAAAGAUAAACUGAUGUUCAGUGUUCUGCACUACGCCGGAAAGGUCGACUAUAAUGCAGCGAACUGGCUGACGAAGAACAUGGAUCCUCUGAAUGACAACGUGACGGCUCUGCUCAACAACUCCUCCAGCGCCUUCAUCCAGGACCUGUGGAAAGACGUGGAUCGCGUGGUGGGUCUGGAGACCAUGACCAAGAUGUCAGAGAGUUCGGUGCCCAGCUCCACUAAAUCCAAGAAGGGCAUGUUCCGCACAGUGGGCCAGCUGUACAAAGAGUCCCUGGGCAAACUGAUGACGACGCUGCACAACACGCAGCCCAACUUCGUCCGCUGCAUCAUCCCCAACCACGAGAAGAGGGCUGGGAAGAUGGACGCCAACCUGGUGCUGGAGCAGCUGAGGUGUAACGGGGUGCUGGAGGGGAUUCGGAUCUGCAGACAGGGAUUCCCCAACCGCAUCGUGUUCCAGGAGUUCAGGCAGAGGUAUGAGAUUCUGGCUGCCAACGCCAUCCCUAAAGGCUUCAUGGAUGGGAAGCAGGCCUGCUGUCUGAUGGUAAAGCACCUGGAUCUGGAUCCUAACCUGUAUCGUAUUGGCCAGAGUAAGAUGUUCUUCAGGACGGGGGUUUUGGCCCAGCUGGAGGAGGAGAGAGACCUCAAACUCACCGUCGUCAUCAUCGCCUUCCAGGCACAAGCAAGAGGCUUCCUGGGCCGCAAGGCUUUCAGUAAGCGUCAGCAGCAGCUCACCGCCAUGAAGGUCAUCCAGAGAAACUGCGCCUGUUACCUUAAACUCAAGAACUGGCAGUGGUGGAGGCUUUUUACUAAGGUGAAGCCCCUGCUGCAGGUAACCAGACAGGAAGAGGAAAUGGGUCAGAAGGAGGAAGAACUAAAGGUGGCGAGAGAAGUGGCAGCAAAGACUGAGGCUGAACUGAAGGACAUCACCCAGAAACACACCCAGCUGAUUGAGGAGCGAGCUCAGCUGGAGACAAAGCUGCAGGCAGAGACGGAGCUGUACGCUGAGGCCGAGGAGAUGAGGGUGAGACUGGAGGCCAAGAAGCAGGAGCUGGAGGAGGUGCUGCAUGAGAUGGAGGCCCGGCUGGAGGAGGAGGAGGAGCACAGCAACUCCCUGCAGCAGGAGAAGAAGGACAUGGAACAGCAGCUACAGCUCAUGGAGGCUCACAUAGCAGAGGAGGAGGACGCUCGGCAGAAGCUGCAGCUGGAGAAAGCUGCUGUGGAGGGAAAAGUCAGGAAGCUGGAGGAGGACGUCCUGCUGAUGGAGGACCAGAAUAACAAACUGCAGAAGGAGCGAAAGCUUCUGGAGGAGAGGAUGGCUGACAUGAGCUCUAACCUGGCCGAGGAGGAGGAGAAGUCCAAGAACCUGACCAAACUCAAGAACAAACACGAGUCCAUGAUCUCUGACCUGGAGGUGCGUCUGAAGAAGGAGGAGAAGGGUCGUCAGGACAUGGAGAAGGCCAAGAGGAAGGUGGAGGCGGAGCUGGCCGACCUUCAGGAGCAGCACGCCGACCUGCUGGCCCAACUGGCUGAGCUCCGAGCCCAGCUAGCCGCCAAGGAAGAGGAGCUCCAGGCCACGCAGGCCCGCUUGGAGCAGGAGAGCAGUCAGCACGGGAUGGCGGUGAAGCGGAUUCGGGAGCUGGAGGCUCUGCUCUCAGAGCUGCAGGAGGACCUGGAGGCAGAGAGGGCGGCCCGGGGCAAGGCUGAGGCGGCGCGGCGGGACCUCGGGGAGGAGCUGAAUGCUCUACGCACUGAGCUGGAGGACAGCCUGGAUACCACCGCCGCCCAGCAGGAGCUACGGGCGAAGCGUGAGCAGGAGGUAGCCAUGUUGAAGAAAGCCAUGGAGGAGGAGGGGCGGAGCCACGAGGCUCAGAUCCAGGACCUGAGACAGAAACACGGGCAGGCUGUGGAGGAGCUCAGUGAGCAGCUGGAGCAGGCCAAGAGGGUGAGGGCUGGUCUGGAGAAAGCCAAGCAGGCUCUGGAGAAGGAGACGGCAGAUCUGAGCGCUGACCUGCGAUCCCUCGCCAGUGCCAAACAGGAUGUGGAGCACAAGAAGAAGAAGGUGGAGGGUCAGCUGAACGACCUGCACUCACGCUUCAACGAGAGCGAGCGGCAGAGGACAGAGCUCGGGGACAGAGUCUCCAAGAUGACUCUGGAGCUGGACAGUGUGACGGGUCUGUUGAAUGAGGCAGAGGGAAAAAACAUCAAGCUGAGUAAAGACAUCUCCAGUUUGUCCUCUCAGCUGCAGGACGCACAGGAGCUACUGUCAGAGGAGACCCGUCAGAAGCUGAAUCUGUCUGGACGUCUCCGUCAGAUGGAAGACGACAGGAACAGCCUGAUGGAGCAGCUGGAGGAGGAGACGGAAGCCAAACGGGCCGUGGAGAGGCAGGUCUCCAGCCUCAACAUGCAGCUGUCCGACAACAAGAAGAAGCUGGACGAGAUGUCAGGGAUGGCGGAGCUCCUGGAGGAGGGGAAGAAGCGUCUGCAGCGCGAGCUGGAGGCGGCCAACAGCGAGUACGAGGAGAAGGCCUCCGCUUACGACAAGCUGGAGAAGAGCCGGAGCCGGCUGCAGCAGGAGCUGGAGGACGUCCUCAUGGACCUGGACAGCCAGCGGCAGCUCGUCUCCAACCUGGAGAAGAAGCAGAAGAAGUUUGAUCAGAUGCUGGCAGAGGAGCGCGCCGUGUCCUGUAAGUUUGCAGAGGAGCGGGAUCGAGCGGAGGCGGAGGCGAGGGAGAAGGAGACCCGGGUGUUAGCUCUGUCCAGAGCUCUGGAGGAGAAUCAGGAGGCUCUGGAGGAGGCGGAGAAGACCAUGAAGGCCCUCCGAGCUGAGAUGGAAGACCUCAUCAGCUCCAAGGAUGAUGUGGGAAAGAGUGUCCACGACCUGGAGAAGGCGAAGCGUGGCCUGGAAGCCAUCAUGGAGGAGAUGAGGACGCAGAUGGAGGAGCUGGAGGACGAGCUGCAGGUCGCUGAGGACGCCAAGCUGCGUCUGGAGGUCAACAGUCAGGCCCUCAAAGCUCAGCAUGAGAGGGAGCUGCAGGCCCACGAUGAGAUGGGCGAGGAGAAGAGGAAGCAGCUUCUCAAACAGGUGCGUGAGCUGGAGGCGGAGCUGGAGGAGGAGAGGAAGCAGCGAGGUCAGGCAUCAGCUGGGAAGAAGAAGCUGGAGGGGGAGCUGAAGGACCGGGAGGACCAGCUGGAGGCCACCAGCAGGGGGCGUGACGAGGCAGUUAAGCAGCUCCGCAAGAUCCAGGGACAGGUGAAGGAUCUCCAGAGGGAGCUGGAGGACUCUCGUGCAGCCCAGAAGGAGGUCCUCGCCUCAGCCAGAGAGUCCGAGCGCAGAGCCAAGGCCAUGGAGGCCGACAUCGCUCAGCUGCACGAGAUGUUGGCAGCUGCUGAGAGGGCUCGUAAGCAGGCGGAGACAGAAAGAGACGAGCUACAUGAAGAACUGGCCAGUAACUCCUCUGGAAAGUCACUGCUGUCUGAUGAAAAGCGUCGUCUGGAGACUAAGAUCAGCCAACUGGAGGAGGAGCUGGAGGAGGAGCAGGCCAACAUGGAGAGCCUCAACGACCGGCUGAGGAAGAGCCAGCAGCUGGUGGAGCAGCUGGGUGCAGAGCUGGCAGCAGAGAGAUCCUCCUCUCAGAGCAGGGAGGGAUCCAGGCAGCAGCUGGAGAGACAAAACCGAGAGCUGAAGGCCAAACUGCAGGAGAUCGAGGGCCAGGGGCGCUCCAAGCUCAAAUCCUCCAUCACUGCCCUCGAGGCCAAGCUGAGAGAGGUCGAGGAGCAGCUGGAGAUUGAAAGCAGAGAGCGUCAGGCCAACGGCAAGAACCUGCGUCAGAGGGAGAAGAAACUGAAGGAUUUAACUCUCCAGAUGGAGGAUGAGAGGAAGCAGGCGCAGCAGUACAAAGACCAGGCGGAGAAGAGCAACGUGCGGGUGAAGCAGCUGAAGCAUCAGCUGGAGGAGGCGGAGGAGGAGUCGCAGCGUGUGGCGGCGGCUCGCAGGAAACUGCAGAGGGAGCUGGACGAGGCGAGCGAGGCCAACGACGCCCUGAGCAGAGAGGUGUCUUCACUCAGGAGCAAACUGAGGCGUGGUGGCAGUGAAGCGGUGUUCGGCAGCCCGGGUCCUCGGAGCAGCGGCGGCGGCGGCGUCAGCAGCAUCAGGAGCUUCGGCAUGGGAGGGACCGUCAGCCGGAGGAGCGCCAUCAAAGAGAACUCAGUGGAGGUGCAAGAGGAAGAGCCUCCGUCCCCGUCUCCUCUCGCCUGCUCCCCCCCACCGGAGGCCUGUGGAGAGGUCUACACCUGCUCCCCCGAUGAGUAAAAGGACCAGACUCAGAUAAAGUGGGCCUAACAACCUGUUCCAGAAAAAUUUUACACUUUAAAUUUAAAAUUUUAAAAGUGUCCUUUCACCUCAGUGCUCCUCUGAAUUCAGAAACAACAAAACAGCACUGUAGAAAAUCUGUUUUUAAUUGGCAACUGC